GUUUCAGACCAUCAGAGAUAAUUCUUCAAAGUUGAAGCAUCAGAUUCAGCAGUCAGAAGCAAUAUGUCGCUAAUUCCAAGCUUCUUCGGCAACCAACGCAGCAGUAUUUUCGAUCCCUUCUCCCUCGAUGUUUGGGAUCCAUUCGAGGACUUUUCUUCACUCUCCAUUCGUUUCCCUCAAGAAUCCUCUGCUUUUGUCAACACCCGGAUAGACUGGAAGGAAACCCCGGAGGCUCACGUGUUUAAGGCUGAUCUUCCAGGGCUCAAGAAAGAGGAAGUGAAGGUGGAGAUUGAAGAUGACAAUGUGCUUCAAAUUAGCGGAGAGAGGAACGUGGAGAAGGAAGACAAGAAUGACACCUGGCAUCGUGUGGAACGUAGUAGUGGCAAAUUCUCCAGGAGGUUUAAGCUACCGGAAAACGUCAAAUUGGACCAGAUCAAGGCUUCAAUGGAGAACGGGGUUCUGACUGUUACUGUUCCUAAAGUGGAGGUUAAGAAACCAGACGUUAAAGCCAUUGAAAUCUCUGGUUGAAACACUGAAUAAUGUUGUGUUUGAGAACGAUGCAAUGGAUUGUCUUGUCUACAUAAGUUGUGUGCCUGUAAUGAAUUUGGGUUAUAAAUAAUAAUGUAAUAUCGUUGUUCUGAUUAAGGAAAUAAUCAUAUCAUCCAAAAUUUGUUCUUCAA